CUGUGCAGAGCAACUCUCCCUCUCCGCCUCUUGUUUCAGAGAAUCAGGAAGAAGGACAAGGUGGCAGGAACACCAAUCCGCCUGUUCCUAUCACUGAAACUCCGAGAAUGGAGCAAAGGUCCCCUGUUAUUGGAUUGGAAGGAGAAACAGAGCAAGUUGAUUCGACUGCUCAACAUUCAGCUGCGGACCUGCUGUCAUCAGAGGAUGGAAGUUCGAAUGGAAAUGAGUGAUAAGAAUAAAGGGAAUCGGGAGAAGAGUGAGCUUGCAGCCACUGGCGGUUCAGCACCGUUGGCCAAGUACAGACAUGAAGAGGAUGGAAUAAUACAAGCUGAGGCUGAAAAGGUAGUCAAGGUUGCAGCAAGCGUUGUCAGGAGGAUCGAACCAAAGAAAAGGGGAACAAAUGAUGAGAAAAUGAAGAAGUUGGAGGAUGAGAUCGUAGAUGGGAGGAAUGCAGUCCCUCACAUUGUUGAAUCUGUCUUGCAGAGACUUGGAGUGCGGCUGCCCGAGUCAUUCGACAUAGAUCUCAACAAUGAAGCAAAUGGGGAACAAGGUCGAGUUGGGGAAACUCAGGGUAAAGAUGUGGCCGACGACGAGUCCGAUGAGGAGACUGCCGAGGAGACUGCUGAUGCAUGAAUUUCUUUUGAAUGCUAUCGUAGGAUUCUAAGUAUCGCUUGACUUUGGGAUAUUUUGUGUCAUUUUCGGAGGAUAUUUUGCCUUUUGAAGUUUAGAUGUUUGGUCGUAGCUGAUGACUACUUGUUAGACAGUUUGAAAGUUAAUUUUGGAAUAUGCAUAACUUUGUUUGGAUGAUUUGUUUGUGUUGUCAUCACUAGAAGUAUAAUGGCGU